AUGAGGCCAUCCGACGCCCUCGACGACGACGACCCAGAACCCGGCCGGAAGCGGCCUCGAUUCUCUCUUGGACGGGUUGUUGAGAACACUUUUGGUUGGACCCCUAGCGACCAGAAGCCGAGGGAAGAGAAGAGCGCUCCAUAUCGAGACCCGCGGUAUAAGAUCUUGCUUGAGACCGAGGGUAGUUUUAUGGGCAAGUCCGACUUAGGUAUCUCGGAUGCGAGCAAAAUCAUUUGCCGUACCUUACUCGAGUCGGAGCAGACGGUUCCUAAAGAUUCUGUCACGUAA